UAUUAUACAGUCUCAGUUGUGAUCACUUCCCAUUCUCCAUUAUUAUUCUCAUCCCAUCGUUGGUUACAGUGGACAGAGACAGAAGAAAGAUGAGAUAGAAAUGAUUAUAUAUAGAAGAGGAUACAGAGAAAGGCCAUAGAAGCUUCUCUUUUUCUCAUUACUCUUCUCUGUAAUCAAAACCCAUCUAACUUACUCUCUGUAUUCUGAGUUUUAGAUACUUCCACUUCAUGCCCUUUUCAUGCUUUUUUUCCCCUUGUACUACAAAACCCUGAGCCACCAUUUGUUCUUUCUUUUUUUUGAAUUUUGAUGUCUCUGCCCUUUCAAGAACAUGAUUACAUAGGCUUAUCAGAGCUUCCUUCAAUGGAAACCUCUGAGAAACUCAAUAAUAAUAAUAACAAGGGUUUGAACUUGAAAGCCACUGAGCUGAGACUUGGCUUGCCUGGUUCUGAGUCACCAGAGUACCCAAUCAAGGGUUUGGUCUCAGGGGCCAAAAGGGGCUUCUCAGACACCAUUGGUGGUGGUUCUGGGAAGUGGGUUUUCUCUGGUAAUGGUGGAUCGGAAAUGGGUUUGGCGAAAAAUGGUGGUUUGUUCUCUCCCAGAGGUGUCAAUGGUGGUGGGAAAAAUCUUGGUGGUGGUGGUGGUUGUUCUGAGAGUGGCACUCAGCAGUCUGAUGCAGAGGCUGUUCCGCCGUCGCCAAAGCCGGUGGCGGCAGCGGCGGUGCCGGAGAAGAAGCCUCAGAUUUCAGCUACAAAUGGCCAUGGGAGUGCUCCUGCUGCAAAGGCACAGGUGGUUGGAUGGCCACCAAUUCGAUCUUUCCGGAAGAAUUCAAUGGCUAAUAAUCAUCCUAAGAAUGAAAAUGACGACGAUGCAGAUACCAAUUCAGGGUCCGGUUGUCUCUAUGUCAAAGUCAGUAUGGAUGGUGCCCCAUACUUGAGGAAAGUUGAUCUGAAAACCUACAAUAGCUACACACAACUGUCAUCGGCGCUUGAAAACAUGUUUAGCUGCUUUACAAUCGGGCAAUGUGGGUCUCAUGGAGUUCCAAGUCGUGAGGGACUUAGUGAGAGCCGAUUGAUGGAUCUGCUCCAUGGUUCUGAAUACGUUCUUACCUACGAAGACAAGGAUGGUGAUUGGAUGCUUGUUGGUGAUGUUCCAUGGGAAAUGUUCACAGACUCGUGCAAGAGGCUAAGGAUCAUGAAAAGUUCAGAUGCAAUUGGGCUUGCGCCGAGAGCCAUGGAGAAGUGCAAAAAUCGCAAUUAGCACGGAGAAGAAGAUGAAGACUUGUUUUUCUAAAUGAUUGGAAGCCUUGAGGAUUAUUAAAUGUUGCUAAUCUUGUUUAUUAUUUUUGUGUGUUCUAAAGGGUCAUAUGACUUGGUGUACUGGAACAACUUUCUAGUAGCCAGUGAUGUAUCCAUAUUGACUGUAGUGUUAUAGGCCGUUUUAGGUAUAUAUGUCUUUGUAUGUUGCAAUCUUAUGUAUUAUGAUUGCUUGGUGCUCAAGGCUUGAAUACUCUACAUAUUAAUGUAAAUGGUUUGUGUAGUCUUGUAGCAA